UCACCCUAUCUAUCAGUGCCUACCUAGUUUGGUGCCUGGCACACAGUAAGCCUUCAGUGUUCAGGAAGGAAUGGACGGCUCACUGAAUGAAGCUCUCCUAGCUCUGGUUACGGCCAUGCCAUCUUCCUGAUUCCAUGUCUGAGCUGUGACUGAGGUCUAGACAAAAGCAGGAAGGUAAAAGUACACACAGGUUUUGCUUCAGGUUCCAAAUUGCUAGGAUAUAGAGCAUCAUGUCAAAUCUCCAGGAAGCUGCACUGCCCCGAAGUCUUCCUUUGCACAGGUCCUGGGAUACCCGGAGAAUCUUAAGGGACACAAGGAAUCUUAGAGGAAACAGCUCUUUCCACACAUCCUACAGGUGGACUAAAUGGAUACAGCUUCUGUCUUUGUGACUGCAGCACAUGGUGGGCUGGGAAUCCAGAGACACGUGUCAGUCCCCGUGUGUGUCAGGCCCCGUGUGUGCUCUCUCAUGCACAUGUGUGUCAUAAGGCCCCAUGUGUGUUCUCUCGCACACGUGUGUCGUCAGGCCCCGUGUGUGCUCUGUUGUGCACACGUGUUGUCGUAACUCGCCAGAACCACUUCUUGUUUCCAUGCGUAAAGUGAAAGUUUCCACCAAGUUUUCUUGAAAACCCCGAAGCAACUCAACUCUUCAGAUCUAAAUGGUCAACAUAGGCAAGAGAUACAAUCCAGACGUUUCUGUCUGAAGUGGGGAAGCGGGGCCAGAAUGCUCCUCUCCCAGGUGGGCAGGACAGCCCGUUCUGUCUCUGUCCUGAAGGUUUGCCUAUUUUGGUUGUGGCUACCAAAAUCAGUAGUUAAAAGACAAAGAGAGGAUGAGGCUUUGGGGACUGAUCCAUCUUCUAGGUUUGUGCAGCAAGUGAGGCACGCGGCAGGCAACUCCUUUGUGCAAGGAGGAGGCUCCAGCAUUUUAGAAAAGAAAUGAGGGCUCACGAGAGAGGAGCCCCAGAAGUCCCGCCCUCUGGUGAUCUAGAAGAGAAGACUGUCACUCUUACCUCUCCAGUCCAGGGAUUGCGGGGUGAAAAGAGUCACCCUCUAAUCUGUACCUGCUCUAUAUUCAAUUGGUUGCCAGACCCUGUGUGUGUGUGUGUGUGUGUGUGUGUGUGUGUGUGUGUGCAUGCACACGGGUGUACGGCUCACUGGGAUCUCCCAGGAACCACUCUGGCGGGUCUCUGGCCCUGGCUCCAGGCAGGUGUGCUGAAGCUGCAGUCAGGGCCUCCUGGCAGCUCCAGGUGCUGUGAGCAUGCUGUCAUGGAAACGGCCCUGGGGUUGGCCUGGAGGUGGCAGUUUCCCAAAGCUAGGCGAUUCAGUAGAGGGAAAGACGGGAAACACACACCCUUUAAGAGUGGUCUCUCUGAUCCCCUCAGCAGUCCACAGAAGCCCAGGACAUCCCGUGAAGCUCCCCGCAUAUGAUCUGAGGAUGGCUGAGCCACAGGGCCAAGAGCUCACAGCUGAGUGCCCUGUCUGCUGGAAUCCCUUCAACAACAUGUUCCACACUCCCAAAGUGCUAGACUGCUGUCACUCCUGCUGCGUGGAAUGCCUGGUCCACCUCAGCCUGGUAGCUCCAGCCAGGCGCCGCUUGCUCUGCCCACUCUGCCGUCAGCCCACCAUGCUGGCUUCAGGGCAACCAGUCACUGACUUGCCUACAGACACUGCCAUGUUGACCCUGCUCCGCCUAGAACCCCACCACAUCAUCCUCGAGGGCCAUCAGCUCCGUCUCAAGGACCAACCCAAGAGCCGUUACUUACUGCGUCAGCCUCGGGUCUAUACCCUGGACCUUGGCCUGGAACCUGGGAGUCAGACUGGAACCCCUCAGAACACAGUGCCUGACACCGGACCUGUGCCCAUCCCCAGCCACAACCCUCACUGCCGGACCUUUGUCUACCUGAUGGCUGCCAUCCUCAGUGGUACCCUACUGCUCAUCUUCUCCAUCUUUUGGACUAAGCAGUUCUUUUGGGGCAUGGGGUGAGCGCUCUCUGUUCCGGUACAAGGAAUCAAGCCUUUCUUUGUGAUUGCUGGAAUGGGGACCACUGAGCCUCCUUUGAUGUUGUCUUCCUUGUAGUAUUGCUCAUUUGAGCCCAGGGAUUGCUUAGGCCAUGUGUCUGCUUUGGAGAACAGAGAUGGCCUGACAUGAAAAGCCAAAGGGCUAGGGAGACCUGCAGGUGAACUGUGGGGUUAUGGGGUGUAGAGUUCUGUGGCUUCAUGGUCACAUGGCAAGUUGUGCCAAAGGGCUGGACAGCACGGUCCAGACAUCUUUCACUGGAGUUGUGCUGAGCUGUUCACGCGUUGAUGACAAUUCUGGAGUGUUUCAACUUGUGGGCCAAUGUGUUUGUCCCCUCUUUCAGCUUUCUCUGAUUCUUGCCACCAUUCCUAAAAUUAGCCUGCAUUCUUUAAUUCAUUGGUUUCUUCCUUCCACAACCAUUUAUUGGUCAGAGGCUGAGAGAGGAUAGACUGUUCCUGGGGUGGCAGGUGGCCCCCCAUUGAAGGGAAGGCAUGCGGGCCGGCUGGUGAGAGCCUGGGGCCCGAGAGGCCUCAGUUGCACCUCAGGCUGAGCAGCCUGGGGCACAGGGGUGACCCCGCCUUCCUCCUUCAUAUGAUGUCACUCAGGAAUCAAGAAUCUAAAAUUCAGCCAGACCAGCUGCUGCUGGACAGAUGGCCGCACCGUGUGUGACUGCUGCUGGACAGACGGCCGCACCGUGUGUGACUGCUGCUGGACGGCCACACCGUGUAUGACUGCUGCUUCUCUGGUUUGAACAUGUUCUUCUGGCUCCAGGCUUUGAAGCAGUCCCACAAUCAGGAGACAUU